AUGAGAGAAGAUGUACAAUCCAUAAUAGAUAAUAGUUUAUUGAAUGAGAACCAACAGCAACAGAUUGACGUACCGGAAUCCUUACCGCCUCCACCUGAGGCUUUAAUGAAAAAGAUCAAGAAGAAUUUGUUCCGUUUGGAUAAAAAUGGAAAUAAUAAGGAAGAUAAAGUUCUUAUAGUCGCUACCGCAAACUAUGGUAUGCGCAACCAUGUUUACAACUGGAUAGAAUCCUUGAAAAAGACAAAUGAGCAUAGGUUUCUCAUUUUUUGCUUCGAUCAAAAACUUUACGACCAUCUUGUACUUGCUGGCUAUGAAGCUCAUGCAACUUUAAUUCCUGACGUUUGGUUCCGUGAUCUUCAACUUGAAGCCGGCUUCAAAACAUAUUUCAGCCAAGAAUAUCGGGUAAUCACUCAUGCCAAAACAUUAGUAGUGCAGCAACUUCUUUAUCUGGACAUCCAUGUCUUUUUUAGCGAUGUCGAUGUCAUUUGGCUUCGAAAACGAAUGGUAGAUUAUGUUACUACUUUGAUGGAUUUGCGACAAGAGACACAUGUAUUAUUUCAGCAAGAAGGCUUGAAUCAGCAAGAAGUGAAUACUGGGUUUUAUUUGAUGCGACCGACGUUGGAAAUGAAGAAAUUAUUGGCAGAGACUAUUCAAAUUCAAGAUGCGGGGGAAAAGACACAACAAGGAGCCAUGAAUGCUGCCUUAAACCAUUUAGAUAUGGAUUUAAGAACCACAUCAAUUGUAUUACUAGACAUUCUGCAUUUUCCAAAUGGUUUUGCAUAUUUUGAUAACGAUUUACCAAAUAAGCAUGGUAUUCAACCAUAUAUUGUUCAUGCAAAUUAUUUGGUGGGAGAAGAUAAAAAGACAAGAUUAAUAGAACAAGGGUUUUGGUAUCUUAAUGAUACUUGGCUGGGACAAAUAGACGCCGUUUUAGAAGAGAAAUACGAAACAGAGCAACAACAGCAUCGAAAAAAGGCUAUAACGAGGCCUAAAAAUGCAACUAGUGCAAAACAAAAGUCGAGGAAGAAAACACACUAA